AUGGUUUCCGUUAAGACUGUGUCCGCCAUCUUGUUGGUGUUGUUGGUAGCGGUUUACAUUGAAGAUUCCGAAGGUUUCUUUCAUCAUUGGAAGUGUUAUCAUCGUCAUCAUCGUCAUCAUCGUUAUACCACAACUCCAACAACUACAACAACAACAACUACCCCUACCACUACAACAACUACUACUACUACUACCACUACUACAGCAACAACACCAAGACCUACCACCACAACAACUUACCCUACUUACCCUACCACAACUACAACUACUACAACUACAACUCGAAGACCCAGAACUACAACUACAACUACAAGACCCACAACCACAACUAAACCUACACCUAAACCCAUUACAACUAUUAAUGUAACUAUCAACAAACCUUUAAAGCCUUUGCACAUCUUUAUAACCUUCACCAUCCCUAUAAAUGGUCUUAAGCUAUUUAUCCUCCUUGGAUCAAACCAAACCCUUCCUAUGCUUACAGAACCUACUCUACAACCUUUUAUUAACCUUUUGAGGGUACCACAUAUGACCUACCAUCAAUUAAAACUAAUCAUCCGUCAAAUAUUAGAACUACUUGGGUUGUACCGAGGUGAACCCAAAGAAAUCACCUUCAACAACCCUAUAUUCUGUGAUGGUAUGCCCAAGAUAACAGAUGGUACCCCUAUGUUACCAUCAACAUCACCUACACCUCUAAUACCUUCCACAUCUCCAAUACCUUUUAUACCUCCAACAUCUUCCACAUCUCCAACUCCUUUCAUACCUCCAACAGCUUCCACAUCUCCAACACCUUCCACACUUUUCAUACCUUCCGAACCUUACACACCUUUCAUACCUCCAACACCUCCAACAUAUCAAUUCCCUGUAUACAAACAAACAAAAUCACCUAAAUAUCAAACUUAUGACCCAAAUCCAUACAAAGGCAUUCCACAAUGGAUCGAUUAUGAUUACAAUAAUGGUCAUAAUGAUAAUAUGGGUGAUUUGCACUUAUGGGGUGGUUACCACCAUAAAGAAGACAUGAAACAUAACCACAAACACCACAAGUUUGGUUAUGGUGAUAGAAAUGUCAUAACUAUACAAUCCUAA